AGUCUUUCAACAAAUGCGUUCGAAGUGAGUCGUGAACUAUCUCUCGAUAUUUUCUGAACACUGUGCGCUGGCGGCCAGCAGUGAACGUAAUUUGAUAUCUUACAUGUUCAUUCAUUAAUAACAGGGUCAAGAUGCGGGACAAACAAAGUCUUUUACCUUCAGGACGUUUAGACGCACUGCUCUUAUUGGUUGUUUUCUCAGCGUGUUUUAUUACGCCAGUGGUCAUUGCGUUCGAUGGUGACGUGAAAGUGAUGGAAGUUGAUGGCAACCACUCACUUCCGGAAGUGGGAAAUGUAAAGCAGGCGACUAAUAGGAACAUACGGUCGAUUUUGACGAAUACACUUGGUAUUGGUGAGGUCAUGAUUGCACUGACUGACUUUGUAAUAGGAAAUGUCAGACAAUCAUUUGACAAUAGUGAAGAUAACAUGGACCACCGGGAGAUUGUAGCCCAUUUCGAGCGGAUCCAAAUGGAAUUGGAACAACAAAAGGAAGAGCUUCGAUCCAUUAACCGAGAAAUUCAAAAGCUGGGCUUAUCCAUCAUCUACUCUGAGCACGAAGAGAAAAUCAAAGACAGUCUCUGGACUCUGCGGGAUUACUUGGCGAAUCCCAACGUUCGCCAUUUAAAUCGUUUCACUGAGAAAGCCUUUCAUCUCGACCAAAGCAUCCGAAUCCUGGUCGACGGCCUACUUGGCCAGCACAGCUUCAGCCCCGAUAUCAUGGCCGUCAUCCGAGAUGUUGCAAAAUGUGAUAGCCGAAAGUUGCGCAAGAAUGUCAUGUCCGUUGGGAGCCUCGUUAUGGCAGGACUCCGUGUACGCGGCUUAUACCAACGGAUAAUUAACGCAACACAAGGGAACGACAGUUCACCCUUCAAACAAUACAUUGACGCGUCGCUCAUUAAAUUGGAGACUAGACUGGACGACACGGCGAUCGAAUGCCAGGCGGAUGAGACAAACGUCAGCGACGAAAUGCGGCAAAUCAUGGAGGCCACGCUGACCCCAAACAGGAAAACUGUGGCCGAUUCGUUGCUCGAAUUCCUGGAAGAGAAAUACGACACCAAAAAGUGGAUCGUACUUGUACAAGAAAAAAGCUGGGAGAACUCGGUGUGGUCGGGUGGAUUCCAUCACGCCUCGGUCCGAAAUGACGUCGCAUUCGCCAUUUCGGUCGAUCGACGAGCGGAGAAUUUUCCUGAAUUCAGAAAAUUCAUCAAUAUCCACUUGAAAGAGUUCACGGUCCCUAAAGAGUGUUCCAAGACCCAUUGUUAUUGUUUAAGUUCCAUUGAACUGGAGAAAUAUCUCAACCGUUUCUUUGUUCCUAUCCGGGCCAAGAGUGGAGUCGAAAUAGAAACGUUAGCGUCGUCCUCCGAAGUGGAUGUGCAUCAUUUGAUCGUAGCCACUUCCAAAGGCAUGGAAAAACGGUAUUUUACACUUCAGUAUACGCCCUGGGUUCACGGUUGGUGCCACCACUGGGCGAUUGCCAUACCCAAGAGGCCAUCAGCCAUUUCGUUCAACCCAUCGCCUAAUUCGCCUUCCCGUUUGAGAAAUCAAAUUGAAUGUUCUUACGAUCCCGACCGAGCCGCACAGGAUUACGGCCCGUUGCGCAACGAACGCGUCCAGGCUUACCUGUCGGUACGAGGUGACUCGAACGAAGAAGGUGCGUCCAUCAUCUUGGAUGGCGAAUGGAGGAACAGUCCCGGACAGAAAUGGAAAUUCGUCGAUGGACAACUGAGGAAUGGCUUCGGCAAAUGCUUGACGUUGAGGUACACAUUUUUAGGAUCGGUUCAUUACCUCUACCAGUACAACUGUGAUCGUAAUAAGCGCGAGCAGAGGUGGUAUCGCCACGGUCUUCAAAUUAUCUUUGAUAAAAAGAAUUGUUUAGUCUUUAAUGGCGAAGUGCACAAAGACCCCAUGUUCGUAACCGCUUCAAGAGUUUGCGGUUCGUCGCCGUCGUUCAUUUGGUACAAUCGGGACACGGACUGCGAGGACGCCAUGGUGAUCCCGUCAACCACCAACGGCAGUCGACCUCUUCGCAACGAAUUCUCCCGACUCUUUUUGAAUGUGGUGGAUAAUUAUGGAACGGAGCAGCCGUGGAGUAAUCGCCCAGCUCAACUGUGGAAAUAUGUCGACGGUUUGUUGAAGAACGACGACGGGAAAUGUUUGGCAGGAAAAGGUUGGUACGUCCGGUCAGUGGACUGUGCUGCUGACCAAAUAGGAAAUAACGGCCGUUGGACAUACACCGAGAAUCGACAAAUCAGGAGCGAAGAGGGGUACUGCCUGAGCAGUGCUGGCGAUGAAAAUGGACACGUUUAUUACGAUCACUGCAAAGACGAACCCCGUCAGCGUUGGUGGUACUUUUCAUAGAAUAACAUAAAAUUAUGGGUCGUAUCUGCAAGAAACAUCGUUGCGAAGGAUGCAUGUAGAAUUUCAUUCUGAGUAGUGCUAUUUACUGUAGGCUAGAUUUCAAGAAUUUUGUAAUGAAAUUAAACACUAAACAGAUUAUUUUACACGCAUCGCUAUAUGUUUAAAAAUUUGCUUCUCCAAUGCCUUAUCCUCCAUUCUUAUUGUUACCAGUCUGUGUUGUUACUAAGCUCUAUUUGUCGCAUUUGUAAUUUGAAUCAAUAAAGUAAUGCAUUCUCCGUCCACAAAAAAAGUCUUUAUUGGGGACUGAAUGCUGAAAUAGACGGAAA